AUGGCAAUAAUAAAAAACACUAACAUUAAUCAUAAUACAAAGAUCAUUUUUUUCACUAAAAUUGUUACAUUUAUUAUUUUAUCUUGGAUAUAUCAGUGUACAAAACAUGAGAAUGUACCUAGUAAAACUAUAGAAAAUGGGAACAAAGUGAAUAUAUCAUUAGAUAUAAGAGCUCAUAGAUUAUUGGCAAAGCAUGUAUAUGAACAUGAGAUGCCAACCAGAGGAUUGCAAAAUAAAGUAUCAUAUAACAGAGAUAAUUUCAAAUUAGUGAAUGACAAAGGGAAUAAUAAUACAUUUGAACAGUUAAAACAAAGUAGAACAAAUUAUAUGGAUGACUAUUUAAAAAGUUAUAAAAAGAGAUAUUCUAAAAAAAGAGGAUUAAAAAAAUUGGAUUGUUAUUAUGAGAGAGUAUUAUUUAACAAAUUUAACAAGAUAAAAAAACUUGUUGAACGUAAGAAUUCCACGUUAAAAAUACCUGAAUUACUUAUCAAAAAGGUACAUGGAGAUGAUUUUUCUAAAUGUAAAUAUAAUGGCACUGUUAGUUCUGAUACAUUUAAUAAAGAUUGCUUAAAACAUGACGCUUGCGAAAAGGUCGAUAUUAAAGACCCUUAUUUAAAAUAUAUAUAUCUUUUUAUAACAAUUUUUAUUAUUUUGGCAUUCAUUAUUUAUACGUAUAUAAAAAUUUUGAAAUAUGAUAGGAUAAGAGCAGGAAUGUUAAAAUAA